UUCUUGUUUUGGUUGGAAAUUUGAAAUGACAGUCACAUGGUAAAGGAGUGAUGGCAUCCGAUCUUGUUCGCUUUAAGAAGAUUGUAACAGAAAGUAAACAUGAAGUAAUUUUAAGUAGUGAAAAUUUUCUUUUUCAGGUAAUUGGAAUGUUUUGCUACUUAGCAGAUGCUCAUUACUUAUCAUGUUUAGCUUCGUUCUUUACGCCGUCCGGGUGCGAAUCAGUUUAUCUCUACGAUAUUAUUAUUGCUGAUAAUCAAUACAAGCAAAAAUGCCUUCUUCAUCCGAAACUGUCGGAUUUAGUUCAAAAAAGUAUUGCAAUUUAUUAUUUAUGUCAUCUCACAAUAAACGAGAAGUAUGGCCAAUUCCUCUGGUGACAUUAAGACAAUAUUAUUUAAAUACAUGGCUUAUGCAUAUUCCUUAUAUGCCAUGUAAAAAUUCUGAAUCAACAAAUGAUGGGACUCAUUAUAAUCUUAAUCAAGAAACAAUCUUACUCUGUGAAUUAGCAAAAGAGUGGAAGACUAUGAUUCGUCCUUAUCCACCUGUAUUAGUUUCUGUGAUUCUUCAAGGAAAAUUGCACCAUUAUGGCAAAAAUUCAAAGAAUAAUCCUUUUCCAUUUCAGGGUUAUUUAGAUGUUGCAGAUGAGACAGGAAUUGUUUCAGCAGUUUUGUGGGAUUCUAUUAAUAUUGAUUUAUUUUCAAAAAUUAAGCCUGGUGCUGUAAUCUUUAUUCAAAAUUACAAUGUGGUAAAUAAAUAUCCAUGUAGUUCUACUUCUGUACUUCGACAUAAACUCAGAAAACUUGAAAAGUAUCCUCUAGAAUUGAAAAUAAAUAAGAAUAGUUCUGUUCAUAUAAUUGACCGCUGUUUUCUGAAGGAACAUUUGAACACUAAAAGAUUGUUUCCAAUGCCACAAUACUGGUUUGCAACUAGAAAAAUUCUUGGAAAUUUGCCAACUGAAACCAAUGUGGACAUCGUUGCACUUACAGUAUAUGUUGGUUGCUACAUUCGUGAACAAUGUUUAGAUAUUCAUGGUAAUUCCAGAGGUGGAUUUUGGACUUAUCGUUGGAUAGAACUAAUUGAUCCAACUAGUUCUUUACCAAUUAUAUUGCAAGUAUAUGUUAAUGAUCAGCUAGAUAUCCAUGAAGAAUUACAGCCUGGUCAAAUUCUGAUGUGUUCACAACUUCGUUUAGUACAUGUUCCAUUUGUUAUAACUAAAUCAUUUCAUAGAAGAGACUUCUAUUUGACUACAACAAGGGAAAGUAAAUUAAUGAUUUGUAAAGAAAAUGAAUUUGAAAAAUCAAAUGAAUUUCUGAAUCUGAUCGACAUGAUGAAAAGUAAAGAUAUUAUGCCACAGUUAAAGAAAUCUGUUUUUCGCAUGGGUGGCAUAUAUAAUUAUCCACCUUGUCAGAAAUCAUUUGAGUUCUUCAAGGCUUCAAUACCAAGAGAGAGACUGAAUUAUCUGACUCCAUCAGAUGUGUGGAAACAGGAAUUUAACAGUCUUUCUUAUAAAGAAGUACGCAGGAUUAAUGUUACAGGUUUUAUUGUUAAAGUGAUAUAUUUCUCUUGUAUGAAAAAUGGUUGGAUAGAAAAUAUUGAUAAUCAAAUUCCGAAACUUAUUUUUAAUGAUAUCCGUAGAUUACAUAGUGGCAAGUAUGAUAUUCUAGGUAACUUCAUACUUGAAUCUAAUGCAUUUGCUCAUCAAUAUAGCCCAGAAAAUGAGAAGGUAUUAAGAAAUUGGCUAUCUUUUGCCCCAUUUUCUGCUGAUCAGAACACUGAUGAAAAUCUAGAAGGGCUAAAAGACAUAGCUAUAUAUUAUCCUGGCUAUUAUAGGAUAGAUAUUGCAGCUGUGAAUUAUAAUGUUAUUAUUAAUUCAUUUUUAUUUGUGGAACCAUCAAAUCGACCACAUCCAUCAUUUGUCAAAUUACUUUCUGGGGAUUUUUCAAUGGAAUCAAAGAAAUUUUAUGGAUUACAUUAUGACAGUAUUGAAUUGAAAAAUCAAUUUGACAAUGUUCAACAAACAGUUUGUGAAAUACUUGGUAAGAAAAUGUUAUGCAUUUUGGAUCUUUACAGCAACUCUCCAGGAAAUGCAGAUGUAUUAUUGAAACGAGCAUUUCCUUACAAAGAAGAAAUUAGUCAGUCUGUUUAGAUUUAACAUUCUAGAAAAAUUAUAUAUUGAUGAUAAAAAAAAAUUGUAUUUAAAAUAUUGUUAUUUUUGAUAUCAUGAUUUGCUUAUUUACAAAUGCUGUAAACAUUUUUGUGCUGUAUCAAAGCUUCUGAUACAUAAUAUCUUUAAAACAAUUUUAUUUUAUAAAAGCAUUCAUGAACUAAUUCAUCAGAUUGACUAUCCAAAAAAAUGUUUUUGAAUUGUUUAUUUAUUGGGAAUUUGUAGUCAAAGGAGUUAAACACAUUGUUUCUCAUAAUAAUAAAAUAUGAUUUUCAGUUAAAAUGAAGUGGAACUAGUUAAUAACUUUGAUUUACUGCAUUUGUGUAUAAGAUCACAACAAAUACUGUCUGAAAAUGGGAUUCAUCUUAUAUACAGGCAAGUAUGCAUAUACAGUAGAGCGUCGAUUAUCCAAAAGUC